AUGGCGGCCGUCCACAAUGGCACCAACGGCAUGAACGGCGCCUCGUUCCCUCCGGCGCGUUUUUCCAAAGUCCCAGAGUCGAUUUCGGUCCCCGUAGCCGACGAGGAUGGCAUCGUCGACAUCGACCUCGAGUUGGGCGAGCAGAUCGAAGACGACCCGACGGAGCUGCUCACGCUGCUCGAGACGGAGCGCAGCGCCAAAACCACGUGGGUCAUGGUCGCCAUAGCCUACGCGAAGCACAAGAAGCUAGACGUGGCAAUCGAAGUGCUCGGAAAAGCCAUCAGCGUCUUUGCCCAUGCGCGCAGCGAUGAGAAGCUCAGCAUCCUCAAUGCGACGUGCUGGCUGUACCUCCUCAAGUGUCGCGAGGCCCCGCGUGUCAACAACAACGACCCCGACGUCAAGACCAAGGACUACUACCUUCAGCAGGCGACUGGCGUCAUCAACGAGGCGUCGCGCAUCAGCCCUUCGUACCCGCCGCUCUACCUCGCCCGCGGCGUCCUGUACCUCCUCCGCGCAUCCAUGGCGAAACAAGGUGUCUCCAGCGCCACCGGGCCGAAUGCUGUCAACACAGAGCGCAUGGACACGCUGAAGCAGGCGGUCAAGUGCUUCGAGGAUGCCAUUCGCGCGUCGGGCGGCAAGAACCUCAUGGCCAAGAUGGGCAAGGCGCGUGUCAGCUACUCCAUGGGCAAAUAUGCCGAGGCCCUGAAGGCAUAUCAGAGCAUCUUGGAAAGCUCGCCUGGUCUAAUCGACCCAGAUCCGCGCAUCGGUAUCGGAUGCUGCUUCUGGCAGCUUGGCUUCAAGGACGACGCCGCUACCGCUUGGCAAAGGUCUCUCGAGCUGAACCCUCAGUCCAAAAUCGCUCUGACGCUGCUUGGUCUGCACACCUUGAACAAGACGUCCACGCUUCCUGCGACCGAUCCGUCUUUUGCCGAGUUCACCACGAGUUCCAUCAGAAACUACAUUGCUCCUUCGCUCAAAGUGGAUAACAAGUACCCUCUCACAUGCGCCACUCUUGCCAAGUGGUACUACAUCUCCAAAGACAUGGACAAGGUUGAGAAACUCUCUCGACGUGCCAUCGAACUCACUGAUGUCAAUGCCAUAGCAAGUGACGGCUGGUACCAGUUGGCGCGGAAAGAACACCAGCUUGGGGACCUUAACAAGGCUACGGACUACUACCAAAGAUCCGAUCUUGCUCGUGGAGGUGACAACGCCGGGUACACGCCCGCCAAGUUUGGAUCUGCCCAACUGAGGGUAUUGAAACAUGACCACGAUGGUGCCAAGUUCCGUUUGGAGAAAAUUCUGCAGCAACAAUCGCCUGUCGUGGAAGCGCAAACUCUUCUUGGCACACUCUAUGCCGAGGAGGUCUUCUCUGGACAGGCAGGAAAGGAUGACAAGUCAGCUGCGCUCAAGAAGGCAUUGAAAUACUUGGAAGACGUUCAAAAAGCCUGGAAGGACACGAAGAGGAAGCUGACACCCGACCCGUCCGUGCUGCUCAACCUCGCCCGCCUGUAUGAGACCGAACACCCGGAAAAGAGUCUGAAGUGCCUCGAAGAAGUUGAACAGAUCGAGCUGGAUGGCAUACCCGAGGAGGACCGUCCGGACGUCGAAGAUGAAGCAGAGCUAAAAAAUGCGCUUCGUGAGCUAUUGCCACCCCAAUUGCUCAACAACAUGGCAUGCUUCCAUUACCAGGCUGAGCGCUACUUGCGUGCGCGAGAGCUGUUCCAAGCGGCACUUCAGGGCUGUGUCAAAGCUGCAGACAGGGACGAGAGUAUCGACACCGAUGCGCUAGUUACUUCGAUCAGCUAUAAUUUAGGCCGAACGUACGAGGCUGAAGGGAUGCUGACCGAGGCCAAGGGCGUUUUUGAGGGUCUUCAGAAUCGUCACCCUAACUACAUUGAUGCCCAGAUCCGUCUUGCAUACAUCGCUCUCAGGCAGCAGCCCACAGACGAGGGCCCUAAGGCUGUUAAGGAUCUCGUGAGGGGCCACGAGGACAACCUUGAGGUUCGUGCUUUGUACGGCUGGUAUGCCAACAAGUCGAAGAAGCGAGGCGUGCCUUUUGCGGAAGACCAAGAACAAAGACAUUACAAGCAUACGUUGCAGAAGUUCGACAAGCAUGACACGUAUUCUCUCACCGGCAUGGGUAACAUUCACCUCGCGAUUGCGCGUGAAAUGCGACGAGACACCGAACAAGACAAAGAGAAGAAGCGCAAGAUGUAUGAGCGAGCUGUCGAAUUCUUCAACAAAGUUCUGGAGUUGGACCCACGGAACGCAUAUGCCGCGCAAGGCAUUGCUAUCGCCAUGGCAGAGGAUAGGAAGGAGCAUUCAACAAGCCUUCAAAUCUUCAUGAAGGUCAAGGACACUCUCAAGGACUUCAAUGUGUACAUGAACCUAGGUCACACCUAUGGUGAGCUGAAACAGUACGCUCGUGCGAUUGAGAACUACGAGAUAGCCCUGAAUAAAAAACCGCAUGACUUGAACAUAAUUGCAUGUCUUGGCCGCGUCUGGUUUGUGCGAGGAAAGAGCGACCAGAGCCUGUCACACAUGAAAACCGCAUUGGACUACUCGCAGCAAGCCCUCAAGCUCGCACCCAACCAGAACCACUUGCAGUUCAAUGUAGCCUUCGUGCAAUUUCAGAUCGCACAGCUCGUAUACAACCUGAAGGAGACUACGCGAACUCUCGUCGACGUCGAAGAGGCCCAGCAAGGCCUGGAUGAAGCCAUCAAGAUGUUCGAAGCCGUGGCGAACUCCGAGAAUCCACCUUAUCCCAAGGACGAUAUCAUCCAGCGUGCAAACAUGGGUCGCAACACGAUGGCCAAGCAACUCCAGCGUAGCCACGACAAGCAAGCGGAGUACGAGAGGGAGAACGCAGACAAACUCCAACAGGCCCGUGAAGCACGCGAAGCCGAAAUCAAGAAGCGCGAAGAUGAGAAGCGCCGAGUGGCCGAGGAGCAGGCCGAGCGCGCGCGCAAGAUCUUGGAGGAGCGGCAGAAACUCGAGGAGCGUGACAGGGAGUACAUGGAGCGUCGUAUCGAAGAGGACCGGCGGCGCCAGGAGCUCAUCGACGACAGCGAGAUGCGCAGGAGCGAGCGACGCGCAAAGGGUAAGGGCGGCAAGCGGAAGAAGAAGGGCGACGCCGACGAUUCCGAGACCGAGGCCGGCGGUUCAGACUCAGAGGCCAGCGCGAAGCCGCGCAGGCGCAGGAACAAGAGCGCGGGUGCUUCGGGCACGGACGGUCUCUCCGACGAGGAGCGGCCUCGAGCGAAGAAGAGGAAGCUCGCCCGCAAAAACGAGCCUGCGGGCAAAUACAAGUCAGCCGAAUUCGUCGACGACGACAGCGACGACGAGCUCCCGGAUGCGCCGGCGCCUGCAGCUGACAAUGAAGACGCUAUGCCGAGCGGGGACGAGGAUAUCUCAGCACCGCGGGCUGCUGGACGGAAGCGCGUCGUUGACGAGGAUGAAGAUGAGGACGACGACGUCGCGGCGCCAACUAACAAUGGUGAUGGCGCUGGUGUAACUGCCGUGGAUGAUGAUGAAGAAGACGAGUAG